AUGUCUCAUCAGCGGUCUUUUAAGAAAAUCAACAAGGUGGUGCUCGCCUAUUCUGGCGGCCUGGACACAUCAGUCAUCCUCAAGUGGCUGCAAGAGACCUACGACUGCGAAGUCGUCACCUUCACCGCCGACCUCGGCCAGGGUGAGGAAUUGGAGCCUGCCCGCAAGAAGGCAGAGGCAGCUGGUGUGAAGGACAUCUUCAUUGAUGACCUGCGCGAAGAAUUUGUCAGCGACUACGUCUUCCCCAUGUUUAGGGCAAACUCGCUGUACGAGGGGGUGUAUCUGCUGGGUACAUCGAUUGCGCGACCGCUGAUUGCCAAGCGCCAGAUUGAGAUCGCAAAGCAGGUUGGUGCUGACGCGGUGUCCCACGGCGCCACUGGCAAGGGGAAUGACCAAGUGCGAUUUGAGCUUGGGUACUACGGGCUGAAGCCGGACAUCAAGGUGAUCUCCCCCUGGAGGGAGUGGGAUCUCACCAGCCGCUCCAAGCUGAUCGACUACGCCGAGAGCCGAGGCAUCGCAGUUCCAGAGGGCAAGCGCGGCGAGCCUCCUUUUUCCACAGACGCCAACCUGCUGCACAUCUCCUACGAGGGGAACUUGCUAGAGGACCCCUGGGCAGAGCCGGUACAAGACAUGUUCACGCGAUCAGUCUCGCCAGAGCAGGCGCCUGACAAGGCAACCUACAUCGAAAUUGAUUUCGAAAAGGGCGAUCCGGUCGCCAUCAAUGGGAAGAAGCUCUCGCCCGCCACGCUGCUCACAGACCUUAACAAGGUGGCGGGAGACAACGGCAUCGGCCGAGUGGACAUUGUGGAGAGCCGGUUUGUGGGCAUGAAGUCACGCGGAGUCUACGAGACGCCAGGCGGCACCAUCCUGCUGACAGCAAGGAGAGCCGUCGAGUCCAUCUGCCUUGACCGUGGAGAGCUGCACCUGAAGGACGAGCUGAUGCCCCGGUACGCAGAGCUGGUCUACAACGGCUUCUGGUUCAGCCCCGAGAGGCGAGCACUGCAGGCGGCCAUCGACGAGACGCAGAAGUUCUGCACCGGCACCGUCCGCCUCAAACUCUACAAGGGCAAUGUAAUGGUUGUGGGCCGCAAGUCGCCAUACAGUCUGUACGACGAGAAGAUCGCCUCUUUUGAGGAUGAUGGCGGACUCUAUGACCAGAAGGACGCUGCCGGCUUCAUCAAGCUUCAGGCGCUCCGGCUGCGGACGCUCGGCGUCAGCCGGGGGAUUUGAAUUUGAAUUUCAAAUUCAGGGUUUGAAUAUGAAGUCCCGGGGCAAAGCAAGCUCCCGGUGGUCCUGUUAAGCUUCAAGCGCUGCGGCUGCGGACGCUCGGCGUCACGCGGGGGGGUUAAACUCCAUAUUUGAGCCACC